AAUGUCUCAGAACUGUGAAAACAGCAUGUAGAGCUGAGAGUGGAUGUAGUGGCCUUAAAGCUGAAUGAGAGUCUGAGAGAGUGUGAGCUGAUGUGUUACAACAGAGCUGAAUCACACUACACAGUCAAUGCAGAAAGGCCACUGCUGGAAGGUGUUUGAUACUUCUGUAUUGAGGUAAACCUAACGGUGAUUUCAAAAGUUGGACUUUGAGGCCUUGAUGUGCAUGUAAGACCACAUGCUGAAGUGGAUAUUUCUCACGUUGGCUUGCACCAGACCCAAACAGCUGCAUCUCUGAGGACACCUUGGCUUCAUACUGUGUGAGUGUGCGUGUGACCCCAGCUGUGUGCUCUUCAGCAUGGAUCAACCAGCAAGCAGUUGCAUGCGGACUCCUCACACAGGCAGUGCUCUCUGGGGCUGCGUUAGGACCCCUCACACUGGAGGUUCUGGAGCAGGGCUGCAGCCGUACCAGCAGGCCCCUUUUUCCCUGCAUCAAAAGCACGAUUUCCUGGCCUACACAGACUUCUCCAGUUCUUGUCUGGUGCCGGCACCACACGCUUACCCACGAGAGGAGAGACUGUACCCAGAGACGCAUGGUGGCUACCAAAGAACGGAGUGGCAGUUCCCUCCCUGUGAACCACGAGGUAGAGGGCAAGAGCCGUGCCAGGCAGCAGCAGUAGCAGUGGGAGCUGGUGUAGGGGCAGAAAUGGACAAUGCAGGGGGAGACAGGCUGCCUGGAGCAGUCACAUCAAGUCUAGAGGGAGAGUACUCCCCUCAAAGUAUGGCAGCGGUCGAAACAGAGAAAAAAAGCUCCAAGCGGAAAAGAGAAAUCACAGAGAUUCAGGAUUCAAGCUUCAAGCCUGACUCAAACUGCAAGGCUAGAAAGGAAAGAACAGCCUUUACCAAGGAACAACUCCGGGAGCUGGAGGCCGAGUUCACCCAUCACAACUAUUUAACCCGCCUGCGGCGCUACGAGAUUGCUGUUAACCUUGACCUCACUGAGAGACAGGUAAAAGUGUGGUUUCAAAACAGACGAAUGAAGUGGAAGAGAGUGAAAGGAGGACAGCCUGCAUCUCCUCAUGACCUGGAAGCAGAUGAGAUGGACUCUGCUGCAUCUCCUAGCUCAGAGUAAAGAUCUCAUCUGAGGUUUACUCAUAUUUACAGUCACCCAGGCUCACCCAGGCCAUACGCAUGAUGUCCAAUUUUUCACUAGUUCCUCCACAUAUCCCGUUACACUGCUUCAUGGACAAAAGCUUUCCUCUUGCUCUCCUUGCUCAGAUGACUAAUUAUCAACAGAACCUGAAUGGUUUGGAAGCACCAUCCAGUUUCAUUCAUGAACAGAUUGAGUGAAAUCAAAGACCUAUAAAAACCAAUUAUUCACAUAUAAAAACAAUUUAUAUUAACUGUUUAAGCUCUGAUUUAAUAGCUUUGACCUCUAGCCAUGACGGCAUGAUGUAGGUCUGUUGUUGGACCGCUUUCACACUGAUGUCUGAUCAGAACCAUCUGUGAAGCUCCACAGACAGACACUCUCAGGAUCACGCCAAACCACCAAAGCCUCGAUAUCACGUCUUUGUUUUUACCCUAAAUUGUGUUGUCAAGUUGCUUUUAGAAUAUACCUUUUUGCCUUAUUGAAUUAUUUCUUUUUUGUACCUCUCUCUCUCUCUCUUUUUUUUUUUUUUUUUACAUGAAAUUGAUCAAA